CUCGCCUCUUUCAAUUUAUAGAGAGAUGAGAGACUAGGUGAAGAAGCCGACGAUGCGCGCACUCACCAUCGGCCAGGCGCUGGGCGAAGCGCUUCUGCGCCGAGACAUGGCCGUGCCUCAACCCGGUCACGGUCAGCUGCUGGUCAAGGUCCUCUUUGCGGGCCAGAACACCACCGAUCCCUACGUGCUGGACGCGACUGCAUCGUCUUCCUACCGCCAUCCAAGCCACAUCCUCGGAAACGACUUUCUCGGAGUGGUUGUCGAUGGGAGCAGAGAAGCGCUGGAGCGGGUGCCGCGAUCCGCCAGGGUGUGUGGGUGGGUCAUGGGCGAUACCUCCGUCGACGGAAGCUAUGCCGACUUUCUCGUCUGCGAUGCAGACAUGGUCGUCCGCGUCCCUGACGAUGGCUAUGACGACAAGGAGCUGGCCGCCUUGCCAUUCUGCUUCUCAACAGCGUUGCAUGCUCUCACAUCAAACCUCCGUCUAGAUUUGAACCCCAAGCAGAAGAAUCACGGCCAGCCAGUACUGGUGUGGGGUGCAGGUACCUCCUGCGGCGCGUACGCGGUGCAGCUUUUGCUUCUUUCCGGCCACGAGGUUUUGGCAGUGUCGGGGCCGGAGUCAAAAGCGACGUUGCAGCGGCUCGGUGUCGAGCACGUCUUUCCCCGUGCUGCCAUCGAGGAGACCGUGCAGAGUAUCAGAUCACGAUGGCCGAGCCUCAGCCACGCUCUCGACUGCUUUGCUUCGUCGCAGUCCAUCGAUGCAUGCAUCCGAUGCCUCGGCAAGGACGGAGGAUUGCUCCACGCGCUGUGGCCCAAAGAUGCUUGCGUCCAGCAGCCCGCAAAUGUGGCCGUCAGCUUCGAUCUUGUGCACUGCAUGCACGGCAAGCGGGUUCCCAUCCUCGACAUGCUCCAGCCUGCGCCGUCGGAGGCCAAGCUGCAACGCGACCGCGCCAUGGCCACGCAGUGGUUCUCCUAUGACCGCGGUGCGCUCUACCGUCUCCUAGUCGAGAAGCGCAUCACGCUGUUGCCAGUGACGGAAUGGGGUGCCAGUCCCGGAUUUGGCUCGCUUCAGGGCCUCGAGGGCGUGCAAGAGGCUCUCCAUCUGGCAGCAAAGGGCAGACUGCCGUCUGGGAAGAUUGUACACCGUAUCGCCUCGUCCAACGGCUGAUGUGGGCUGUUGCUUGUCGAUGCUGUGCUCAGACUUCGCUCUCAUCGUCUAGACUAUCACACUGCAGAUCAUGCAAUCGAUAAGGUGUUGGUGCCUGGCGAACAGAACAGGUCACUGUCUGCAGUAGAGAGCUAGUACCGCCUGCCUCCGAGUGUGUCUUCAAGCAGAUCUCCCCAGUGCAAGCUAGUCCAGAUUA